CGUGGAGGCUCAGAAGCUGCGAGCGCGCACGCCGAGGAGGACGUAAAUAGAAGACGAAAAGGCUCACAGAGAAGAGGGCGGGGGGACGUGAACGCACCACAGCAUUGAACGCAUGUGUGUGCGUGUCGCUCCAUCUGGGUGCCAUCUGCGUCCUCACAUUUGUGGGAAUGCAAACACACGCGUGACACAUGCGGGAGAGGCAAAAAAGAAAAAAGAAAAAGGCAGCGGAUAAGGGCGAAGAAGAAGCCACAAGUGCAGCUUUUGGACUUUCUCUGCAGGACUUUGAACGCGUGGACUCUACUAGAGAGGAGACAGUGGAGAGAAGAGCCCUGCCAUGCCCGGUUCUCCUGUGGAUGCUAAAACUCAUUCCAGAUCAGCUCCCAGCAGCAGCAGCAGCAGCAGCAGUGCCGCCAUCAUCAUGCCCCCCCUGCCCUCCAUCAACCCCAGCGGCCCCCGACUGGCCUCCUUCUCCACCACAGCACUGACCAACGGAAACCACCAUUCGCCGCCGACGCUCAACGCAGUGCCGUCGCCGCCGCAGCGCUACAGCAACGGGCCUUCGUCGUCGUCGUCGUCGUCGCUGGCCAACCAGCAGUUGCCGGCCACGUGCGGCGCGCGGCAGCUGAGCAAGCUCAAGCGCUUCCUGACCACGCUGCAGCAGUUCGGCAACGACAUCUCGCCGGAGAUCGGCGACAACGUCCGCAGCUUAGUGCUGGCUUUAGUGAAUUCAACAGUAACCAUCGAGGAGUUUCACUCGCGGCUUCAGGAGGCCACCAACUUCCCCUUGAGGCCGUUUGUUAUUCCUUUCCUCAAGGCGAACCUUCCCCUGCUGCAGAGGGAGCUGCUCCACUGUGCACGUGCGGCCAAGCAGACCCCGGCCCAGUACCUGUCCCAGCACGAGCACCUCCUGCUCAGCACCACCAUGGCGUCCUCUCCGGACUCCUCCGAGCUCCUCAUGGAGCCCUCCGACGCCACCGUCAAGAGGCCCAGCCCUAGCAGGGUCAAGGAGAACGGCUUCCACGAACGUCCGCCCGUGGCCAUGGAGCCCGCCGCCAAACGCAUUUGCACCAUCAGCCCGGCUCCCCGCCACAGCCCCGCGCACCCGCUGCCGCUCAGCGCCCAACUGCACCCGACGCCGCCGCCCCUGCAGCACUACGCCCUGGACGACAUCGCCGCGCCGCACAUCCUGCACCGCGAGCACAGCCAGCGCAUGUUGGAGAUACGAGAGCUCAAAGACAGACCCAGGCUGCCGGGCACUAACGGGGGCUACCGCGAGGAGCCGGUCGACCACAGGCUGACUGACAGAGAGUGGGCUGAUGAAUGGAGGCAUCUGGACCACGUGCUGAACUCCAUCGUGGACAUGGUGGAAAAGACUCGGCGGUCGGUGAGCGUCCUGCGGCGGUGCCAGGAGUCGGACCGCGAGGAGCUCAACUACUGGAGGCGGCGCUCCAGCGAGCAGGAGGACGCUCGCAAAGGGGGCUCGGCGCCCUUCUCCAAAACGCUCAGCCCCCACUCUGUAGAGUCAGAGUCUCAGCGUGACUUCGCCCCACGACCCGGCUCGGCGUACGUCACAGACGAGAUCUGGAGGAAAGCGGAGGAGGCGGUGAACGAGGUUAAGAGGCAGGCCAUGGACGAGGUCCAGAAGGCGGUGGCCGAGGCCGAGCAGAAGGCCUUCGAGAUGAUCGCGGCCGAGCGGGCCAAGAUGGAGAAGACGCUGGCCGACGCCAAGAGGAAGGCUCAGGAGGACGCCAUCAUGGUCAUCAACGAGCAGGAGGAUUCCAGCGAGUGUUGCUGGAACUGCGGCCGCAAAGCCAGCGAGACGUGCAGCGGCUGCAACGCGGCGCGCUACUGCGGCUCCUUCUGCCAGCACAAAGACUGGGAGCGGCACCAUCUCAUUUGCAGCCCCGGACUUCAGGCUCAGCCCAAACCCGUUUCCGCCAUCUCCGCGGCCAGGGUGUCCCCGGCGCGGCUCUCGACCCCCGACGUCGCGGCCUCGGCAUCUAGUCCCGGCGGGGAGAAGCUUCCGGCGGCGUCUCGCUCGUCCACGCCGGCCUCGGCGCCUGAGACGAACGGACAUUAGGAGGAGGAAUGUGGCUUUGAACUUUGUGGGUCUCUCCAGCACAGCAGAUGUUUCAUCAACAUCGUUGACAGAUUACGUGGCACUCGCCUCGGACCAACAGCUCCCCGACAGAUGGAAAUUUGUUUAUAGUCAAACCACACUCCAAAAAAAAAAAAAAAACUCAAGCUGACGACCCAUCUCCGGCGGCAGGGUGAAAAUUAUUAUAAAAUAAGAAAUUCAAAAUAAUUUACACUUUCCUCUGAAGCAGCUUUCCAUUCCACUAUUUUGUGUAUACAUUUAAAAACAGCGAGUAGGCGGGUUACGUGUAAUAAAACCAGCCAUGAAGCAGAUUUAGUGGUGUAGAUUUCAAGAAAACAAAACGUCGCCAGAUUGUGUGAAUGUGUCAAACAUUAUUAUUGUUUUUUUUUUUUUUGCAAAGCAAUAUAAUAACACAAAGCGUUCAGGUAUCAAACUGUUUCUGCGUCACCAAAGUUACUUUGAACAAGGAGCUCAGGAAAACAGACAGAAGGAUGUUUUCACCAAGCGGUUCACUUCCAAACGGUCCGGAACUGUAAACACUAGCCUCGCCUUUUCAAACACAACUCCAGCCAGAAACGAAAAACUGCAGCUGUAGUGGCUUCACACGUUCAGAUAAUUAUAUGCACAGUAGCGCCAGCGUCUGCUUGACACUGACAACUGCUUUCAACACGAAGGGAUGUGGCUAGUGAGUCUUGGGGGUGAAAUUUUACACUCUGGCCCCUCAAACACAGUGAUGUCAAUGUUACGACGCCGCUGUACCACUUAGGUGGAAAACAGAGUUUAAGAGGAGGAUGAUGAUGAUGAUGAUGAUGUUUUCUGAGCCCAUUUUGGCACUUGAGCACUGUCAUUGUCGUAGCAAAUUGACAAAAAGGCCUGGUGGCGGCGACUCCCACACGGACAAACCUCAGGAGAUAAACUCACACAGCUUCGAAUCCAAUGUUUUACGAGCUACUACACACACACAGACACACACACACUUUGCGCUGUCAUUUGUUGUAAGAAAGAGUUUGUAAAAAGAAUUAUGCCGUUGUGUUUGUUUGUUUGUCCUUUAAACAUUUGGUACGAGUCACAUGACAAAAGUUAUCUUGACGUAAAGUACAAAAUAAAGAAAUCGAUUUACUGAA